AUGUUACAAGAAGGGAACAAGAGGAUAAAUGCUAUGUUAAGGUAUUUUGGAUUCAAAGAAGUUGAACAGGGUAGCAGAGUUGCUUUCCUGGCCGCCAGCAGCUAUGGAAUUGUCAAGAUACUGAUGCCGCUGAGAAUUGCAAUGUGUGUAUACCUGACUCCAUUCACGGCAGAACGUAUAAUGGGACCGGCUUUAAAUUUUUCGAAGCGUCUACUAAAGUUCAAGCCUAAUCGAAAAUCCGCAGAUUAA